AUGGCUUUCCAACGGCGGCGCUACAAUUACUAUAACCGUCUCCGCCGUCUCCUCCCUCUAAUUUGCGCCGUCUCUGGAGCUCUCCUCAUCCUCUUCGCUCUUCUCUCCAUCUUUUCCCCUCCUCCGGAUGAUUCCGAUCACCGCAUCUCCAAGCAGAUUAACUAUGGAGCCAGUGAAGAGAAGAACAUAGCUGUCGUUUUCAGAGUUCCGAGAAGUGGAGGGAGAUCAGAUCGUGAUAUCUGGCGUUCAUGGAAUGCUGAGUUCUUUUACGGUUGCUGCAAUGCAAGUAUCCAGUUCCCAAAUGCUAAAGCAAUUACUAAAAGUGAUCGGUACUUGGCAAUCGCUACUAGUGGUGGUUUAAACCAACAGCGAACUGGGAUUGUAGAUGCUGUUGUUGCCGCACGAAUUUUAAACGCUACGCUUGUUAUUCCAAAGUUGGACCAGAAAUCUUACUGGAAAGAUGCCAGUGACUUCUCGCAUAUUUUCGAUGUUGAUUGGUUUAUGUCAUUUCUCUCAAAAGACGUCAAAAUCAUAGAGCAACUUCCUCAGAAAGGAGGUCGAACGUGGAGUCCCAGCAGAAUGCGUGUACCGAGGAAAUGCAAUGAGAAAUGUUAUAUUAAUCGGGUAUUACCUGUUCUUCAGAAAAGGCAUGCAGUUCAAUUAAACAAAUUUGACUACAGACUUUCAAACAAGUUGAGAGAUGAUUUGCAGAAGCUGAGGUGUAGAGUAAACUACCAUGCGCUAAAGUUCACUGAUCCCAUUCGUCAAAUGGGUAACGAAUUGGUCCGACGAAUGCGGUUAAGGAGCAAACACUACAUUGCUUUACACCUUAGGUUUGAACCUGAUAUGCUAGCCUUCUCGGGAUGUUACUAUGGCGGUGGUGAGAAGGAGAAAAAAGAGUUGGGGUCAAUCAGAAGGAGAUGGAAAACUUUACAUGUAACUAACCCGGAAAAGCAGAGGCGGCAAGGAAGAUGUCCACUUACACCAGAAGAAGUUGGAUUAAUGCUUCGAGCUUUGGGAUAUGGAAGCGAUGUUCAUAUAUAUGUUGCAUCAGGUGAAGUUUAUGGAGGAGAGGAGUCUUUAGCUCCAUUGAGAGCACUUUUCCCACAUUUCUAUUCAAAAGACACUAUUGCUACAAAAAUGGAGUUAGAACCAUUUUCUUCUUAUUCUUCACGAAUGGCUGCACUCGAUUUCCUUGUCUGCGAUGAAAGCGAUGUUUUUGUUACAAACAAUAACGGAAACAUGGCCAGAAUAUUAGCCGGUCGAAGGAGAUAUUUUGGACAUAAACCGACAAUCAGACCGAAUGCGAAAAAGCUGUACAAGUUGUUUUUAAGCAAAGAGAACACAACUUGGGAGGAGUUUGCUUCAAGAGUCAGAACAUUUCAGAGAGGAUUCAUGGGAGAGCCAAAGGAAGUAAGAGCCGGUAGAGGAGAGUUUCAUGAGAAUCCAUCCACUUGUAUAUGCGAAGAUACCGAUGCGCAGACGAAGGCGGGAAAUGUGGAUUCAAGAAAGCUCGGCAAGAAAAGCAAAAAUGAUGUUGUAGUAAUAACCAAUGAUGAUCAGAAGGAAGAUGAAGAUGCAGAGUGGUCUCCGGAGACAGAUUAUGGGGAAGACCAGGCUGAUUUGCAGGACAGAGGAUUGUAUAAUGGUACGAGGUUAGAUUAUGAGGAUGUGUCAUCGGUUUCUGAUGAGCCUGAGCUAGAAGAAAUGCUAUCAGAUUGAUUCAGUUUUUUAAAAAGAUUCAAAAUUGUUUUUUUUUUUCUCAACCUUGUCAUCAUUUUCUUCUUUCUUUCUGUACAUAGAAAUCCAAUCCAUUUUGUUUUCCAAUUCAUUUUCUUACUUUUGCCGACAAGAAU